GUUUGUGGAUCACCUGCCAAAGUUGAGUGGUUUCCAUGGUCGGCGGCCACUCAGGGUGCCUACUCCAUGACAUUCUUGUCCAUCCAUGAACAGGUGCUCGCAGAGUGGUGCAGCUUCCCUGACCGAAGCACUGGUGUGGGGCAGCUCAUCGAUUCGUACUUGGCGGGUGCGCAGAACUCUGAGGACGAUGUGAUCCACCUGCUGUUUGCGGCAAACCGCCUGGAGAAGAGGCAAGAGUUGAUCGUGAAGUUGCAGGGCGGCACAACGCUGGUGUGUGACCGUUAUGCCUAUUCUGGCGCAGCCUUUACAUUGGCAAAGGGCUCCCCUGGGCUGGACCUGGCCUGGUGCAAGAGCGUGGAACAUGGCUUGCUGCCAGCGCCCGAUGUCGUCUUCUUCCUGAAGGCUCCUGCAGAUGUGGCGGCAGGGAGGGGGGGCUUUGGGAAUGAGAGGUAUGAGGUGCUCGAAUUCCAGAAGAAGGUUGCUGACUGGUAUAUGCGGUUAAGCAAAACGGAAGGCUGGACUGAACUAGACGCAACGAAGUCAAUAGAUGCCGUCCACGAGGAGAUCUUGAAAGCCACUGCUCAGGCGGUGGAUGCUUGCAAGAGCGGGCGUCCGCUUGGCCUCCUGUGGCAGGAGGGCGAGGUUCAGAGCUUGAAAAGUUCACGCAACGAGGCUGAAAUAGGGGGCAAAGAAGACAAGUGA